GCUUGACGUGUUCUUUUUGUAUAAGCUGAUGCUGUUUAUAAUAACGCGGCUCGAAUGUCUAGUAGCAAUGUAUUGUCCUAAGGGCGCUUUCGUGUAGUUGCUCGUAAAAUACGUCCUUCUGCAACCACGAUUUCUGAAUUAAAGUGAAUUUAUAGUGUUGAGAAAAGAUGUCUGACAAAAGAAGGGUUUUGAUUGCCGCACUGGGCAUUUUUGUGUGCUACUUUUAUUUUGGUAUCAUCCAAGAGAAGAUUACUCGUGGAAGGUACGGCGACGAGCUUCAAGAAGAUGGCACGCGUGGAGAGCGCUUCACGUUUGCGUUGGCCCUCGUUGGAGUGCAGUGCAUAUGCAAUUGGUUAUUUUCCAAAGCUUUAUUAACGGUAAAUCCUCAAAGUCAAGACACAACGCCAAAAAUGUACUACGCGAGCAGUGCGUUGACCUAUCUUCUUGCGAUGAUAAGCUCGAACAUGGCACUGCGGUGGGUGGCAUACCCGAUGCAGGUGGUUGCCAAAUCAGCCAAACCAAUUCCAGUUAUGCUCCUAGGUGUCAUGUUUGGAAGAAAAUCCUAUACGUUGCAAAAGUAUUUUUUCGUACUGUUGAUCGUCAUUGGUGUCGUUAUGUUUAUGUUUAAGGAAGGAAAAUCGAACAAUAGUCCGCUGGAGCAAGAAGGAUUGGGGCAACUCCUGUUGAUUAUGAGUCUCACGAUGGACGGUCUGUUGGGGGCUAUCCAAGAACGUAUGCGGCAACACAGUUCUCCCUCAGGACAGCACAUGAUGCUAGCAAUGAAUGGCUGGAGUUCGCUGUUUCUUGUCCCGGCUCUGCUUAUUACCGGCGAGGGAAUAGAAUUCACAGCGUUCGCAAUUAAAUAUCCGCAAAUGUUGGCACAUUUGGCAACGCUCGCAUUGGCUGGAGCUCUUGGACAGCUGUUUAUUUUUAUGAUGGUCUCAUCGUACGGUGCGUUGGCUUGUUCUGUUGUGACAACUACCCGAAAGUUCUUCACUGUACUUUGUUCCGUGCUACUAUUCGGCAACAAUCUUUCCAGUCGACAAUGGCUCGGUACAAUACUGGUUUUCACCGGUCUGUUUGCUGAUAUGUUCUACGGAAAGAAGGGUGCACCCAACGGAAAGUCUCCCCAAAAACUUAAGAACAAAAGUGAGACUGAGGAAAUAUUAAAGUGAGCAGAAAACCAGCUUUGAACAAAUGUACAAUAAAUAAAUUAUUAGCAACUCAUGCAAUCUUGUUCUACAUUACGAAGAAUCGCUUUUCUGAAUGAAGAGGAUUUGCAUUCUGAAUAACUACAGCGAAAUCGAACGGAAAUCAGAUUAGUUUGAAUCAUAUUCGUUAGAAAAAGCAAUACAUCGUAAUGCAGAAUAAGACUGAUAGAAUCGUAUUCCCCUUUGAAUACUGUUUCAUAGCUGUAAAUUUGGCAUAACAAUUAGGUAGUUCUCUCUUUUAUCUCAUAAUUAUUUGAAAGAGUGUCAAAUAAAAAAAUCCGUCAUUAGAAGGGAUAGGCUAAUUCGAUAAAUGUAUGAAAUAUAAAUGAUAUUUUUUAUUGUUUCCAUUACGUUUUUUUAAAUCACUCAUAUGGUAUUAGAAUUUCCAUUUCCUUCUAAUCACUAGGUGACAUGACUGUGAGAAUAGGGCAAGAUUUGUCACCUUCAGUGAGAUUGGGCCAAAGCAAAUACUUCGAACCGAAUCCUUCAACAACUGCCCCAACUCAAUUCAUAUCAACACAUAAACUGUAAACGAAGAAAAUCUUGAUUAUCGAUGAUUGAGUACCGACCUAGGUGGUUUUGUAAAUGUUAUAAUUUUUGUCUCACGACUACACUGCCUAUAAUCCUGUCUAAUUGAUAGAGAAUCCCACAGAACAUGGGACUGACUUGCUAUUAUGGGCAGUACACGCAACACAACUGCGUGGCAAAAAAAAUAGAUUUAAGAUUUUAUUCAUUUGACACAUUCCGCGGGAUUGUACACCAGAAAGAGGUUUUUGUUUUGUCUUAUUAUGGUAUCACAAUAUUUUUUCUUCGAUUCGGUAGUGUUUAAACCAUUGAAAAGUUAUGUAAUCCAACUAUUGACAUUUCGACAAAUAGUUGUAAAAUAUAUAGAAAAAUAAGU